UCUAGGUCGCGCCGUAAAUUGCUACGAGCAACUGGGAGAUUCUGUUUUAGUGUUGAGAUUUUAUUGCAUACAGUUUUCUCAAAUCCCAUAAAACUUUUUUAAGGUUUUUUUUUUUCCCCUCAGAUUAAUUAGUGGCAUAUAAUGUGUGUUGUGCUUCGGACUUUUCCCAGAAAGAGAUGGAUGAAGAUUAUAUGUACACGAGCGAUGGAACGAGGGACAUCUACAACAAUCCUGCUAACAAAGAUAAAACUGGAAAUUGGAAGGCCUGCCGCUUCAUUCUUGUAACUGAGUGUUGUGAGAGAUUGGCCUACUAUGGCAUGAGCACCAAUUUGGUGAACUAUCUGAAAAUUCGUCUUCACCAAGAUAACGUUACUGCGUCGAAUAAUGUCACAAACUGGUCGGGAACUUGCUACAUUACGCCGCUCAUCGGCGCAUUUCUCGCCGAUUCUUACCUUGGCAGAUACUACACCAUUGCCACUUUUAGCUCCAUCUAUGUUAUUGGCAUGACACUCUUGACUUUAUCUGCUUCGGUCCGAGGUUUAAAGCCCGAAUGCGACGCCGCGGGUGUUUGCCACCCGACGGCGGCACAAUCCGCGAUUUGCUUCCUCGCUUUAUACUUGAUUGCGUUGGGAACCGGCGGGAUCAAACCGUGCGUCUCAUCCUUCGGUGCCGAUCAAUUCGACGAGAACGAUGAGAAUGAGAAGAAGAGGAAGAGCUCCUUCUUCAAUUGGUUCUAUCUCUCAAUAAACGUAGGCGCCCUCAUUGCUUCCUCAAUCCUAGUUUGGAUACAAAUGAACGUUGGGUGGAGUUGGGGUUUCGGGAUACCCGCAGCGGCUAUGGCCAUUGCCGUUAUCACAUUCUUCAUCGGUAGCCACCUCUACCGCCUCCAAAGGCCGGGAGGUAGCCCUCUUAUCCGAAUCGUCCAGGUCAUGGUCGCCUCCCUCAGAAAGUUCCGAGUCAAAGUCCCAUCGGAUGAGUCACUCCUCCACGAGACUAGUGAUGUGGAGGAAUCGAACAUCCAGGGGAGCAGAAAGCUCCAACAUACCCACAAAUUCAAGUUCUUUGACAAGGCGGCGGUGAGGACGGAAGAAGAUGUUGACCUAAAAGCGGGCUGGAGCGCGUGGCGUCUAUGCACGAUCACGCAGGUCGAGGAGCUCAAAUCCCUAGUCCGACUACUCCCAGUGUGGGCCACAGGCAUAGUUUUUUCAGCUGUUUACAGCCAAAUGAGCACAAUGUUUGUGCUACAAGGGAACACAAUGGAUCAACACAUGGGACCUAAUUUCAAGAUCCCUUCAGCCUCUCUCUCCCUCUUUGACACAGUUAGUGUGAUAAUUUGCACCGUUGCCUAUGAUCUUGUGAUAGUUCGCAUUGCGAGAGGCUAUACGAGGCACGAGAGGGGGUUCACGCAGCUCCAACGGAUGGGAAUCGGGCUCGUGAUCUCGAUCUUGGCGAUGGUCGUGGCCGGUGGGCUCGAGGUCUACCGGCUACGCUACGUGAGGCUUCAUGACCUUUAUGAUGAAGAGAGCAUUGCUAUCUCCAUCUUUUGGCAAGUGCCUCAAUAUUUCCUUGUUGGAUGUGCUGAAGUGUUCACAUUCGUAGGGCAAAUGGAGUUCUACUACGAUCAAGCCCCCGAUGCAAUGAGAAGCUUGUGUUCCGCUUUGUGUCUCACUACCACAGCGUUGGGGAACUAUUUGUGUACGUUUUUGGUGACGAUGGUGAGUAAGGUGAGCACACGGAAUGGGCGAUUGGGAUGGAUUCCAGAUAAUUUGAAUAGGGGCCAUCUCGACUACUUCUUCUGGCUUCUCGCACUCCUUAGCUUUAUCAACUUCUUGGCUUAUCUAGUGGUUGCGAGAUGGUACACUUACAAGAAAGUGGUCGCACAACUCUCGUAGCCCAAAUAACUUAAACCUUAAUUUACUCUCUUCUUCUUAUAUAGUGUUCCUGUAAAUAUUUCAUUCCUCUUUAGACUUCAUGCUUUUUUAAGGAAAAAAAUUGCUUUGAUUUUAGGCUGAUGUAGUUGUGGAUCUGAAUGGUUUCAUUGAUUUAUUUUAUUAGACUGUUUGAAUAUGGUGUCGUCA